AUGGCUGCCAAUGACGAUGCUUUCAGAACUGAGCUGCGCAAUACCAAAGUACUCGAGGGGCCAUUUACGGACCCUAACUUCGAUACAUUCCCCGAAACGCCCCACGAGGCUUUCAAGAUGUGGUUCCACGAUGCGGUCACAGCUGGGGUCAGAGAGCCCCACGCUAUGACUCUUUCCACGGUUGAUACUGAAGGAUGCCCAGACGCCCGAGUUCUUAUCUUGAAGAAUGUCGAUUCGCGUGGAUGGCAUUUCGCAGUGAAAGCCGACAGCCCCAAAGGAAAACAAUUGGCCGAGAAUGGACAUGCCGCUUUGACCUUUUACUGGCCGCAGCUUGCCCGACAGAUUCGUCUGAAAGGUAGAGCCAUUGAGCUUCCUGAAGCUGAGAGUGCUCUUGACUUUCAAGCUCGGCCUCUUGAGUCAAGAAUAUCCGCGGUCGCCUCGGACCAAAGUGAAGUGCUCUUUGACCGCAAGACGCUCACCCGAAAGCUUGUUGAAACCGAGUUGAGUUUGUCGAAGGAUCCCCUGUCAGGCGUGAAGAAGUGGCGAGUGUACGCUGUAGCGGCCCAUACGGUCGAGUUUUGGCAAGGAGAAGCUAGCCGCCUUCACAAACGGCUCCAGUAUGUUUACAUUGAGGACGAGGGCAAGUGGCAGAAGCAUUUGCUUUGGCCCUGA